AUGGAGUGUAGGGCUAAAAUAGUAAUCCUAGGGAGUUGCAGCUCGGGAAAAACAAGUCUUGCAAAAAAGUACGUAUGCGGAGGAUUUGACCCGAAUCAGGCAGCCACAAUUGGGGCUGCAUUUCAGACGAAGCGGCUGGAAAGAGACGGCCAGGUCGUGCACUUGGACCUGUGGGAUACUGCAGGCCAGGAGAGAUACGGGGCAAUAGCACCGCUUUACUACAGAGAUGCAAAUACUGUCCUGAUUGUCUACGACAUAACAGACAAAAUGAGCGUAAAAAUAGCCCAGCAAUGGUGUGCUGAAGUUCGCAUGAAAAACAAAGCGGCAUUGAUUAUUGUUUUUGGGAACAAGACAGACUUGCUCUUCCAGAAAGAUGCUGAGGAUUCGGCGGAAUAUGCUGGGAAGGCCUUCGCCGAUGCGGGGAUGGCUGAGAGACUCCAGGAAAUAUCGAGCACAACGCAGAGCUACUUCGAGGGGUACGAAGUAGAGCACUUUACAGGGUCCGCCAAGACGGGAGAAGGGGUUGGGUCGCUGUUUAAGCACGUGGCAAAUCGGACAGCGUACACUGAGAAAGUGCUCGUAGAGCAAAGUGCGUGGUGCUGUCUGUAG